AUGGUGGACAGUGGGCUUCGAAAAAUCGUGGGAUUGUGCUUUUUGGCAUGUUACGUGCUACUGGGGGUUCCGUUGUGGUACAAGUUGACUACAGUGUAUCGGGCACCGCUGCCUGUGGAGUACAUACGGUCGCUACACGAAGGCAAAUUUCAGGAUGUUCACAUGGUGAUACCAGUUUUCAUCAAAUCUGAGGUUUACAGGUUUCCUGAUAUCCAUGAUGCAGUUCAGGUCCAGGUAAACCAUCUGCUGAACUCGAAGAAGCAAUAUGUGCCCUGGUCUCUGCAAAUACUGCCCUACGAGGAGUACAACGCGACCGGAUCGAAGUACGGCCACAGCGACGAGUACCAUGUGGUUUCUCUAGUGUUGGAUGAAUUCGUCGGGUACUCCGUGGCGUACGAUGCUAAGGAGACGACGGUGUUUUUUGAUGACGCAGCCGUGGUAAGCAACGACAUUCCGUUCUUCGUGGCCCAAUCACUGGUGGAACACACCUUUGCGCUCGAAUGGGAGCAGCUCUCAUCUGAUUUUUCGCGUCACGAUGAUAACAUGGUUGUCACUUACAACCCCAACAUGCAUCUGAGCAUAUCUUUACUAAGCGGUGACGGGUCACCCGUGCGAUGGGAAAUUGAAAAGACGUUGCAGCAUUACUUCACGCCCUUUAGAAAGUUCCUGGCACCGCUGGUAAACUUUACUGUUGACACAAGCAUCAUCUACUACAACGAUUUGAAUGUGCACGCUCUCAAGGAUGGCGACUCUGUGACGCCUCAAGAGCUAUCGCACACAAUCGACCUCUCGGAGCUUUCCUCGAUGAAUUAUCUCUCCGAAUCGAGUGCUUUGAACCUAGCAAUCGUUUUCCCCAGCAACGUGAGCAGUCCGUCUGGUUUGAACUUCAUCCAUGGCGUAUCGAACAACACAGGGUCGGAAGCCGAUUGGCAGAGUUUUAUUGUUCCGCAAUGGGGAAAUCUCAUCAUCAACAAGAAUCCCCUCCCGCCCAACGCCUUGCUGAAAGAGUCGUACUUGGUCCCUAUAAUGUACCAGUUCGCGACCGAUCUCUUCCAAUUGCUUGGACUGACAAAAGGCUCCCAGGACCUUUCGUCGCCCUACGUUACUAUCGACUCGUUCAAGAGGUUAACAACUUUAAGAAAUAUCGACAACGCAGAAGAAACCCUGUGGUCAUUGGUAAAACUGACCCAGUCGUUCAAACAGAUGGCAGUUCCAGAGGAUGUCUUGAAUAAUGUCAAUCAAGCAUUGAAACUGAGACUAGAAAUUAUAGAUUUACUGAAUAAUCCUGAGAAAGGCGGCGACGUCGUUUGGAAUCAAGCUCUGGUCUUGAGCAAUAAACUUGUCAAGGCAUCUGAAACAGCCUUCUUCCAUGGUGAAAUGGUACAGCAGAACUUUUUCCCUCAGGAACACAAGAUAGCCGUCUAUCUGCCCCUGCUAGGUCCAACCUCAGUGGUAAUCUUCCUCGGACUGGUGAAACUACUAAAAGAGAGAGAUGCCGAGGAAGGCAAACAAGACAGCCCAGAGGCUGCCGAAAAAGAUGAAAAGCAAGGCGAUAGGGACUAA